AUGGCGAGGUCUCGUCAGAGUCCAUCAAUGAAGAGUCGUUGGCGAGCUGAAGACGAUCCGCGUGAGAGACAUUCCCAUCGUUCUCGGGAAAGAGACCGAGAUAGAGGAAGACCACGGCCUCAUUCACCACCUUCUACGCUCCGACGAGAACAGCCCGAGUCCUACGGCGAAAGAGACCCAACGCCACGGAGUCAACGUCGAUCGCACAAGAAGUGGCAAUCGUCACGAGAUCACAGGAAAUUGCAUGAUAGACAGCCGUCCCUUUCGCCGCCUCGCUCCCCUAAACCGAGACAUCCACUACCACCGCCCGAGCGACCAUCUGGAGAUCGAGCUGCCCGACCUCGAAACUUUUCACCCGCCAGGUUCCCCAAAAGAAGACGUACUCGGAGCCCAUCGCCCCCAGGGAGUGAGAGAUUCGGCUCAGAGGCCUUGCGAUCAGGCCGCGGGCGGGACUAUCCCAUUUUCCACGACAGGCGCUCACGCAGUCCUAGAUCUCGCUCACCACACAGAGGAUCCCCUGUUCGUAAAUCUCGCCCUGAAUCCAGGUCUCGGAAAGCAAAUCCUGAGACCAACGUCCUUGUCGGCAGACACGAUAGACGCUCCCUGUCACCCUUGACAUCUCCAAGGCCAUCUUCUCCACGCCCUAACCAUCAUAAGCAUCCAUCGACCGGCCCCGGAAACUCGUCGACAAAGUCUUUCCCACCGCCGAAACGACCCGCACCCGGCAAGGGUGAGGCUUCUGCCCAGAACAGCCAUUCCGGCUCGAAAACGCCGCCUGUGGCAGACGAUAUCGACGAUCGCUCCAUGGAUGGCCAUUAUCCAAUGCGUGCGAACUAUGGCAUGCAUAGAGGGCAGCAGAGACCAUUCAUUGAUCCCAGGCAGCAACAAUUCGGGGGCUCGCCUCCUUACUCAUCCACUCCCAACAGCUCCUAUCAUGGCUCACCACAAGCAAACUCACCAUAUCACAAUCAAAGAGGUGGCUGGGGUGGAGCUCAGGGUCAACAUGGUCCGAUGCAGAACUCCUCGCCACCUUAUCGGCAAAACAGCUAUCCCGGCCCUGCGGGCAUGAACAAUCCCAACCCCUAUUAUCAAAGUCAGCAGCAAUAUUACGGAGCCAGUCAACAGGGGUUUCAGCAACCACCGUACCGUGGAGGGCACGGCUCGCACCGUGGCGGACAUUACUCCCAGCGGGGGCACCCGGAUCAAAGAUUCAAUGGCCCCCGUGGCCGAGGUAGAGGUGGUCAUUUCAACAACCUGCAAUGGACUGCCACAGGGUCCAUACCCAAAGGUCCACAGGGCCAGAACUAUUCCAGCGGCCACAGCAAUGCCUCGCAGGCUUCUCCGACCCAUUCAUACGCCGCAUCACAGGACGGUCGCGAAGCCCCAGCCGAGGAAGAGAAUCCGGUCCGACUAUCAAAGGAGCUGCAAAUGGAAGAUGAAAGAGAUAGCAGGCCUAGCGGGAUUCAGAAUCCACAGGAGAACGAGCGAGCAGGAGGGGCUUCUUCAAAAUUCAGUUUUGCUUUCAAAUCCAAAGUCCCUCCUCAAGCACCGGCGAGACCUGCUCCAGAUCUUUCUGCACGCCCCAAGGGACCCUUUCAACCCCCCGAGAUUCGAGCACCUUCACACAUGAAGAACAGGCAGUUUGAGCGACGAGACGACAGGGCUGCAAAUCGACACCCCAACAAGCCACCUUCACACCAUGACCGAAGAUUUGCUAGCGAACGGCAACAGAACACAAGCGGGCGGAGGGCGGAACGAUCACGUUCUCCUCCUUCAAAGAAGUUCAAAAAGGAAAUCAAAUCUUGGCCCACAUUACCCCCCGAAUUCGCCGACUCCGAAUCCAUCUAUUUCCGAAAACCCGGCAAUGAAUCAGUUGUUGGUGCGGGCACAUAUGGAAAAGUCUUCAAGGCAAUACACAUAUACACAAAAGACAAAGUUGCGCUUAAGAAGAUCCGGAUGGAAGGGGAAAGAGAUGGGUUUCCCAUCACUGCUGUCCGUGAAAUCAGGCUGUUGCAACAUCUCCGACACAAGCAUGUGGUGGCAUUGCAGGAAGUUAUGGUGGAGAAGAAUGAAUGCUUUAUGGUCUUUGAGUAUCUAUCGCAUGACCUGACAGGACUCAUCAACCAUCCGACGUUCAAGCUCACACCCGCACACAAAAAGGACUUGGCCAAACAAAUGUUUGACGGACUGGAUUACCUUCAUCGACGUGGCGUUCUCCAUCGAGACAUCAAAGCAGCCAACAUUUUGAUCUCCAACACCGGUCAACUGAAGUAUGCCGAUUUUGGCCUGGCCCGCUUCUACACCAAGUCGCGACAGUUGGAUUACACGAAUCGGGUCAUUACCAUCUGGUACCGCCCCCCUGAGUUACUCCUGGGCGAAACUCAGUAUGGUCCGGAGGUUGAUAUUUGGUCGGCGGCCUGCGUCUUUGUGGAAAUGUUCACCAAGAAAGCGGUCUUCCCUGGCGAAGGGGGUGAGCUCAGCCAGAUCGAAAAGGUCUACAAUGUUCUCGGCACACCGACACGAGCAGAAUGGCCUUCGAUUGUUGAUUUACCCUGGUUUGAGCUCAUGCAACCUGUUGACAGACGCAAACGCGUGUUCGAAGCCAUGUUUAAAGACAUCUUUAGUCCUGCUGGUCUCGAACUGGUCCAGUGGAUGUUCAAGUACGAUCCCAGACAGCGGCCGACCGCGGAGCAGGUCUUGAGUCAUGACUAUUUCACCAAAGAAGAGCCACAGCCGCUCCAGGCAGUGGAGCUGGCAGAGGUUGAAGGCGAUUGGCACGAAUUCGAGAGCAAGGCGCACCGGAAGGAGAAUGACCGGCGUGAAAAGGAGAGGAAGAAAGAAGAGUACAUGCGGGAGAGGGAGAAGCGAAAAGCACGAGAAGCGGGACUUCCUGACCCGGGCGAGGGUGAGAAGAAAGCCAAGCUGGACGAUGCAUCUGUUGUCCGUCGAGACAUGCCCCCUCCUUCCGAUACUGAUGCUCCUCUGGCCAGUCUUCCGGUGCAACCGCCUGCCGAAGAGUCUAGACCUGAGGAUCAGGAGGACUCGGAAGGCGAAGGCAGUGCGCGUAUGAGCAUGUCCUGA